GAAUUCGUGCCCGUGUCAGUGUUUCUGUCACACGGGCGACGCCCAUCAAGGUGUGACCCAGGUUCCUUCGCAUCCGCCGGCAGACGCAGAGGGAGUUCGUCCCGCCGCCGCCCGGGCUCGGCGCCAGCUCGCAGAAAUACCUGUUUGAAACGCAAACGUUUGCUCGGCAGGUGAUGUGACUUGGCUUGACUUGAGAUUGUAGACGCGUGUGUGCUUUGUUCAGAAGUUCUUUAAAGUAGCUGCUCGCCGUGGACCCCGCACGGAUCUCAGCCUCCAGGGAGGGCAGCCCUGCUCUCCACAGCGCCGCCCUUCCUCUCUCUCGGCCCGGCUUCUUCUCCUGCGAAUGGCGCUCGCAGCAGCGUCCUGACAGCCGCCCGACAGACGCGCUUCUCCCGCUGCUCAGACACACCGCUCCGCCGGCUUCCAGUCACUAGGUUUGCUCCUUUAACCACCACGGACCUCUGACGGGGAAUCUGUUCGUUUUGGGGUUUUUUUUUUUCGGUGCACGAAUGGAGUCGUCCCCGCAGGAUUCGGCGAGCGACCCGGGCAGGAGCGGCUCUGAGCCCGCUACACCGCUCACAGAGACGCCGGCGAGCCUGGAGACACUGCGAGGCGGGGAGCACCUGAAGUCGGCCAGGAGACACAGCAGCUCCGGCUCCAGCUCCGGCUCCUCCGGCUCCGGCCACGGCAAAGGUUUGUCAGCAGCUGUGAAGAAGACACACACAUCUCAGAUUGAAAUCAUUCCCUGUAAGAUCUGUGGAGACAAAUCAUCGGGGAUCCACUACGGCGUGAUCACCUGCGAGGGCUGUAAGGGUUUCUUCAGACGGAGUCAGCAGAGUAACGCCGCCUACUCCUGUCCUCGCCAGAAAAACUGUCUGAUCGACCGAACGAGCCGAAACCGCUGCCAGCACUGCCGUCUGCAGAAAUGUCUGGCUGUGGGCAUGUCCCGAGAUGCGGUAAAGUUCGGUCGCAUGUCCAAGAAGCAGCGGGACAGUUUGUACGCUGAGGUUCAGAAGCACCGUCUCCAGCAGCAGCAGCAGCAGCAGCAGCAGCAGCAGCAGCAGGGUCCCCUCCUCCUGUCCCACCCCGGCCUCGGCAGCCCGAGCCUGGCAGAGGCUGAGCCACUAUCCCCCCACUAUGGCCUCUCCUCCACCGGCCUCACGGAGCUCCCUGAUGAACUGGGGGGCUACAUGGAGCAGAACUCCCCCGAAGGAGGAUCAGUGUCAUCCAAGGCAGACUCCGGAGGAGAAGGAGGAGGUGGCGCGUUCUACCUGGACAUCCAGCCAUCUCCGGACCAGUCCGGACUGGACAUUAACGGCAUCAAACCGGAGCCACUGUGCGACUACGGCUCAAGUAACGGCUUCUUCCCGUACUGCUCCUUCAGCAACAGAGACCCGUCGCCCACCGUGUCCCUGGCAGAACUCGAUCACCUGGUCCAGAUCAUCUCCAAGUCUCACCUGGAGACGUGUCAGUACCUGAGGGAGGAGCUGCAGCAGAUGAGCAGGCAGAACUUCCAGCAGGAUGAGGUGGAGAGCUACCAGAGCAAGCCGCGGGAGGCCAUGUGGCAGCUCUGUGCCGUAAAGAUCACCGAGGCCAUCCAGUAUGUGGUGGAGUUCGCCAAACGCAUCGACGGCUUCAUGGACCUCUGCCAGAACGACCAGAUCGUGCUGCUGAAAGCCGGUUCUCUGGAGGUCGUCUUCGUCCGAAUGUGUCGGGUGUUUGACUCGCAGAGCAACAGCGUUUACUUCGACGGGAAAUUUGCAGGUCCUGACGUCUUCAAGGGACUGGGUUGUGAUGAUUUGAUCUCGUCAGUGUUUGACUUUGCUAAGAGCAUGUGUUCACUGCACCUGACGGAGGACGAGCUCGCUCUCUUCUCAGCAUUCGUUCUGCUCUCUGCAGACCGGUCGUGGCUGCAGGAGAAGCUGCAGGUGGAGAAGCUGCAGCAGAAGACUCAGCUGGCUCUGCAACACGUCCUGCAGAAGAACCAGAGAGAGCAUGGAGUGCUGAGCAAGCUCAGAUGUAAGGUUUCAGCGUUGCGUUCACUGUGCAGUCGACACACAGAGAAACUGUCAGCGUUCAGAGCCGUUUACCCCGACAUCGUUCAGACACACUUCCCUCCUCUUUACAAGGAGCUGUUUGGUGCCGACCUCGAACUGACGCUGCAGACCCACGAGUAAACGGCGGCCACGUGCUCCACGGAGCCGACCAGCACCGAGCUGCUGGAUUCAGACGGACCAAGUCCGGUUUGAGCGACCACGGGGGACGGGACAGAAACUGUAUGCAACUUGGCUGCUGCACUUUUCCCGGACAACUGAGGCUUCAGAAAACGGAGAGAUGUGAAACUCCUCUUCUCCUCGGUUUGUCUUUCUUCACCGCCUCUUCUCAUGGCCCUGGGUUCGGAUGCAGUGAGGAGUCAGGUGGUCUCCCUCCACUGACACACAUCUUGUAUCAAAGACCCUGGGUCUGGGUCAGAUUCAGCUCUGACAUUAAAAUGCACUUUCAGUAUUCACACUGAAACCUGGUUUGUUUUCCCUUCACUGACCACCUCUUCUUCUUACUGUCACUUCACUUCUGAGCAAAUGAUCGACGCCGCAAAAUUCAUUCACAUGUCCUCCAGAAAAAGCUUUAGCUACGGUGGCUAGGGAGCUAGCUGGCCUUGGACGGGCCUACUGGACACAGGCCCGAGGGCCCUUGGGGUCAUGGACCACAAAGACACUCAAAAUGACAACUACAGAAAAAUAAAAUGACCGCUUUUGCGUGCUGGAUCCCAGGGGCCCGUUGUCUCGUAUUCCAUCCAUAUAACUGGGAACAUGCAAGCUGGUGCUAUCCAGCCGAAAUAGCCUAUCUUUACAAACUUUGGGAUGUCCACUAGAAUUUAAAAUAAAGUUCUGUGUGUUUGAAUAAUGCUUGGCCAAAUAACAUGGGUUUACGCUGUUUACAGUCACCGAGUUUAAGAGGUUAAUGAAAUUUCCGAGAAGCCACCAAAUGAAAGUCAACCUGCGUUUCUAGCAUCUGGUGUAAUAAGAAGAUUCUGAAAAGGACAGUCCUGUAACUGGGAGCUUCAGAGCUGCGUCUUAACUAAUGUGGGUCUGCUGCCAUUUUAUUUUUAAAGUUUCUAGCUUCAGUGUCUUGUAGGGGGGGUCACAACCAGAAUGUCCUUUCUUUUGAUGCUGGAAGUUUCUGUCCACUGGCGGAUUUUAGCAGCCACGUGUUUUUUCUAGAGGGAGUUUAAAUGGGGUCAGUUGGUCUGUGCGAGCCGAAAUUCAGUCUCCUCUCCUCUAACUUCUCUGGAUAUCUGCUGAUGCAUCGCUCAGGUUAAUGCCCGUGGUUCAGAGGUCAAGUGUCCACAGAGAUGAAUCUCACCAAACACUCACAUUCACAUCUCUUGUUGUUACACUCGAUCAUUAACUAGCAGAAGAUGUUUGACCAGACUUGAAAAUUGGCCCCAUGUAGGUGGUCGGUGACUCAAGUCUUAUUUGGUGACUUCUCGACGACAUUACUUCUUUUCUUGAGAAUGUGUUAAUUUAACGGAAGAAAGAUCCUUUUCUCUGUGGUUUUAAAGUAAAUGUUGAAAAUCAGGAAACACAAGAGCACAAACAAAGACGAACUGAUCCUAAAACACUUUUGACCUCAUCAACAAAAACGUAGAAAGCCAAUAUGCACAAAUGGAACCAGGUCAAGCUCAACGGCUACAGCCGACUGAUCCAAAGGAGGCUGAGACCUUACUGCUCGAUAAAACCAUUCGGAAACUUCUGCUUCUCCACAGCACCGACCACUGAGGCUCAUGGGUACUGUAGGAUUUAGAGUCGUGUGAAUUCAGGAACAUUAAACGCACUUCUUAAAAGUUAUACAUUUACGGUGAACAUGACUCCGUGAUUACUCUUGAACGUGAAUAGAUAAACAGUAGAGCAUUUUGGAGCAGACUUGUCCAGACUCACCACAGACGUAACUUGACAGUGGACAGUCGCCAUCCCUGAGUUCUGGUUGGUUUUGUUGUGCUGAUGAUUUCAUUCAUCCUCCUCCUGCCUUUCGUCCUCUCGGCAGCCUCUUCCUCCUCUGACUGUAACAUCUGCAUCGACACCUGCAGACAGCGGCUAAUUCAUUCACACCCAGCAGUUAGCCUGUGGCACCACCUGCUGGUUGUGAGUUGAAAGAGCAGGUUUCCUUAUUUCCCCUGUCAGUUUGUCUGCAGCUCGGGGUUUAAAUUUAUGGAUGAGACCAAUGUGAGAAAAACCAUGUUUACAUUUUACUGAAAGAGUAACACAGAUUAAUUCAACAUCCAUCCAGCUUCAUGAAAGCAACGAAAGUUAAUAGGAGCAAUACAGACAGUGCUUCACAAAAAAAGAAACUAUGCAGCGUGAAGUAAAAUGAAGUGAUGAAAUAUUAAUAGCUGUUGCACUAAUACCUGUCUAUCUACUAUCUACUGCCUGCGCGUGCGUGUGUGUGUGUGUCUGAUGUGUGUUCAUGAGUGUGUGAACAUUUUUGUUAUCUGUGGUAAACUUUCAACCAUUUUAAGUGCUUGGACUUCAGACUGCUGGGAGGAGCCAAGGUUUAUCCAUCAUCCACUGCCUCACUUUUCAAGAAAAUUCCAGAAAUUUACUGGAAAGAGAAAAAAAAAUCCCUUAUAUGGCACAUCACAGGGGGAUUUAAGCACUCACAGCAGCCACUGAGCAAACCACAAACAGAAUCAAUUUAGUUAGGAGCUAGAUGGGUUAAAGCUCCAUUCAGCCAGUUCCGACCACAAGAGAGCAGGAAGUAGACCCCGACCCAAGCAUAUAGAAUUAAAGCAAGUUCUUAUGGGUAUCAUAUUAGCAAACAGCUAGCAUGCCACAUCCAGCAGAAACAGAGCAGCAGGAGCUUCCCUCCCGAGUCCUCUCAGUCCACCUCUUGGAUGUCUGCUGGUUUAAUUCCCCAGCUCAUGGGAGAACUGUCCUAGGGUUGCUGGAUUUCCCACGCCCCUCCUCAUUAACUUAGAUUUUCCAAUGGGAGCUCUUGAGCUGGAAGUGGUUUUUUCCUAUGCCAAGGUUACUGAUGAUGACUCAACUAUGCAGACAGAUGAACCAACCAAUCAGGCAUUUUAGGGCUGAUACUGAUCAGCAACCGCGUUCCUGUUCACCUUUUCUUUUUUUUUUUUUUGGCCACCCUCUGAAAAUCUUGUCUUUGCUGACCUCCAGUGGUGUUUAACUUCCCACCUUGUAGCAGUGAUGCACAUGUGUUCUCCAGGACCCCCGAGCCAUCACUGUUUGGUGUGGCUGUAACAGAGCACACCUCUGACCACCGCCAAAAGAUCCCGUGAUCCCUGAAUCCCCAUGGGUCACAUUCUAAAAGCACUGGAUCCUGGAACACGUCAAACCAUCCAAUUUGAUAGCAUUUGUUAGCCCUCCUCUGCCUGGUAUACUACCACGUUUUUCAAGCUCUACACUCAUCUGUGUCAUCUGCUGUUACAUAUAGACCACAGACAUUUGUAGUCUUUAAGCCUUAUCAGGGUUAUUUUCUAGAACUUGUCCAAUUUUCUCCAGAGCCACAGAAAACAUCAAACAACUUUUUUCACACACACAACUGGUGAUUUGACUUUGACACGUAAAAAUCAGUGGAGCACCUCUUUAACAACCAUAGUACAUUACCCACGUUAUAGUCAACCUAACGAUUAAUAUAUUCCUCUGUAGUAGCAAGUAUUCAUUGUACAAGGGGUAUUUUUAAUGACUCAUUGCAUCUUGUCACAGUUCAUUAUACCUUCCAGAAUCAGCAAGUACGUCUCACCUUCAAACAUCAGGAUUUAAACAGCAAAUCAGUUUGGAAUAAAAUAAUCAAUAACAUCAUUACUGUUAUGUUUUACCACCUGCUCCAUUUCACCAUGUGUCUCGAUGUCAAAAGUCCAAUAAAAUCCUGUAUUUCUGGCACACGAUGAAUUUAACUUUAGCCAUAACUGAAUGUCAAGCAAUAAUGUAAAUGUUGUAUUUAAUCUUUACCGUGUAUAGUUUGAAACAUGUGGCAUGGCAACGCAGACUCUAAUUUAUAAGAUUUCAUUUGGGGGUUUUCUUCCGAGUCCCGCGUGUUAUUGGCUUACUACUUUGUGUCGACCUGUCACGUGAUCACGUACGCUGACGACAUACUUUCCUCCCUCCAUGCCUCCUUAUCGGUUUGGCCCCCAUUCUGUAAGUAACUUAGUUAAAGAGUCUGUACAGGCCACAGGAAAAUACUGCUAUAAAUGGCUACUGAGCGUCAGACUUUUUAUCUGUUGACUGAUACGCAUCAUGAUGUGUAAUAUCUGGUUUGAUAUGCACUGCUCUCUUUUAGAGUUAGUUUAGUUGCAGGGAGCAGCCUUUUUUGUGUUUUUAAUAUGCGUGUGGUGAUAGUUGAACUUUUAACGUUAGCAGGGUCUGGAUUUUACCAACUAUGCCACAUUGUAUGUUUUUUCACAGGGUUACCAAUUAAAGGAAAAUUCAGUCUUUCAGCAUCCUGAUAGUAACAGCAUUUUCAGACAGUACAUGUUUAGCUCUGAUUUCCUGGUUUACGGUCAAUCAGUGCAUUAUAUUUAAAUGGGCAUAAGAUAAUCAGCACGUACAAUUUGAUAUCAUAAAGCUAAUACUGGGAUGUGUUAGACCAGGCCGUCCUGUUGAUUUUUUUUUUGACGGAAUUUUAUUGUUUUUAGUUCAUCAAACUAAGCUAACUAGGCUAACAAUGGCAAGCUAGUUGAUUUAUCUGACCUUUGUGCAUAAUUUAGGUAAAAUGCUUUUCCGACCUGGUUUCUUGUCCUGAGUCGUAAGAAAGACAGAAUUUUCCUUUAAAUUAUCAAAUGUAAUUAUGAUUAUGAAAUAUCAUAGUCCAGGAUGUUACUGCAUUGCUCAGCCUGCACCUGCAUCAGUGUGUCAGGCUCGGGCCUGUAAGUUUCUUUGUUUGAACUGGUCAAACACGACUUCUUUUGUUUUGAUACGAAGCAGUGCUGCUGUAUCUGAAAUGUAUUGAAAAUAAAACAGAGA